UAAGUAACACCAGUGACAUUUUACAAGAUGGCGGCGUUAGUUCCGAUUGGUUCCGAUUUUCUGCUUUCAUAGUAAUCUACUAUCGAUGAUUAACGCAAUGAUGCUUUAAAUAUUAUUAUCAGAUCUAUUGUUUUUAUAGGAUUAUAAUUCUAUCAUGCCCAGGUGUAGCAUUAUACAGUGUGGAUCUUCUUCAGAAUAUCCGUCUGGAAUUGGAUUGACUUUUCAUAGGUUUCCGACAAAUCUAGAGUUAAGGAAAAAAUGGAUAAAUGCUAUAGGUGUGCAAAAUAUAAAUCCUCGACAUAAAUAUCGUUCUGUUUGUUCAAGACAUUUUAAGGAAAGUGAAUUGAACAAAACUCUUAAUGUAAUGAGACUGCGAGAUAAUAUAGUGCCUUCACUUUGUUUGGAGAGAUCCAGUUUAUCUACCACAUCGUAUUUAAGUGAAAAGGACAAUGACCAAGAAUUGCAUGAGUUUGGCAAAACAUUGCCACAUUCACAGAAUAUGUCAGAAGAUGAGGAUUGUUCAGAGACGCGAACGGCUAAUUCAUCCGCGUAUAUUUUAAUUGUAAAGGACAAUGUUCAAGAAUUGCAUAAUUAUUGCAUUGUCGGUGCACCGUCACAGAACAUUAACCCAGAUGCCACUCAAGAUGCCGUCAAUAAAAGGGCAGAGGAUCAGCGAAAUUUGGAAAAAAUCAAACAACUUACAGAUAAAUUAUUGAAACAAAGUAGAAAAAUUAGAACUCUCAACCAAAAAGUGAACAGAGGCGAGAAGAGAAUUGCGGCUUUACGUAAAAUUAUUCAACAACAAAGAUGUCUCGACCAGAAAGUGAGGAGAGGCAAUAAGAAAAUUGAGGCUUUAAGUAAAAUUAUUGAACAAUUAGUGCCGGACAAGACCGAUCUAGAAUUACUCUUAGGCGACAAUUGUAUUGCGGAAUAAGUAUAUAAGCCCACGGUUUAAUCUUAAUCGAAAUAAACUUAUAUUUUAUUUUUAA